AUGUCGCAACAAAAGCUGAGGCCUACGUUUGAUGAUGUCAUGGGUUGCCAGACCGCAGUCUACGAAUGGGCAGACAGCUACGACAGCAAGGAUUGGGACCGCUUACGCAAGUGCAUUGCUCCCACACUGCGGAUCGACUACCGCUCUUUUCUGGACAAGAUCUGGGAGUCGAUGCCGGCAGAGGAGUUCGUGACAAUGGCCUCUGACCCUGCCGUUCUCGGCAACCCUCUCCUCAAGACACAACACUUCAUCGGUGGCACACGGUGGGAGAAGACGGCCGAGGACGAGAUUACCGGUUACCACCAGCUGCGUGUGCCCCACCAGAGGUACACGGAUGAGACGCGCUCGACGGUUGCCGUCAAGGGCCACGCCCACAGCACCAACACGCACUGGUACAAGAAGGUGGACGGCGAGUGGAAGUUUGCGGGACUCAGCCCAGACAUCAGGUGGUUCGAGUACGACUUCGACAAGGUGUUUGCGGAGGGAAGGGAAUCGUUUGGUGAGCAAGAGGAGAAGAAGCUGGCGCAAGCGGCCAACGGCAUCCCAGCAGAGCAGAACUCAGGGAGCAAAGUCAAUUAA